AUGUCUCUUGCCGAGUUUGACGAGACUCACUACGAGCAUUCGACCAAUCGAUUGGAUGUUCCUUCUAAUUACCUGAUGAAGAAAGCUCGUCGUAAUCCAAACGGAUUGGACGAACUUCGGAAGUCGAUGAAAUCUUCAACGAUUUACGUGGGCAACUUAUCCUUCUACACCUCUGAAGAACAAAUAUACGAACUCUUCAGCAAAUCUGGUGCGAUAAAGCGUAUUAUCAUGGGCUUGGAUCGUUUCAAGUUCACACCAUGUGGAUUCUGCUUUGUUAUAUACAACACUCCUGAGGAAGCGCUUAAUGCGGUGAAAUAUUUGUCAGACAUGAAGCUGGAUGACCGUAACAUAUCACUAGAUCUGGAUCCCGGAUUCGAAGAUGGCAGGCAAUUUGGUAGAGGUAAAUCUGGUGGCCAAGUCAGUGACGAAUUGAAAUUCGAGUAUGAUGCGUCCAGAGGUGGGUUUACCGUGCCGUUGGUGGAUCGUAUUGGAGUUAACCACACGCAUAAUUUCGGGGCUAGAAGGGUUAGAGAUACGUACAUUCCCGGUCAAGAUCACGACGAAGAGAAUGAAGAGGAGGUCGAAGAGGACGAGCCGGACAACUACGUGCCAGGAGAAUGA